AUGUCGGGACGCACUCAUACCGACUCUGACUCUGUCUCCACCCCUUACCAGACGAACGCACUGACGAUCCGCAUUCUGCCGACGCACUUUCACCCGAGCCAGAGUCCGCACCAGCCGGACGACGUGGGCCACCUCGUGGUAGCCGUCUAUCCGCGGCGCAACACACAGCUCCAGCUGGGGCGGCCCGCGCUCCCCUACGCGCCACACCCGGUGCCGAUCGCGAAGGGGCCUGCGGGGGUCCCCUCGGCGCACUCGCCGACACAGCUCGUCGCGGCGCCACCCCCGGUGGCGGCCCCAGGCGAGAUCGGCCGACACAAGUGCCCGCACUGCAACUACACGAGCAACCGCAAGCUGGAUCUGCGCCGGCACUUGGAAACUCACGCAGGCGGGUCGACGCCACCGCGGUGGAUCUGCAGUGGGGUGCCGCUCGCGGGAUCAACGUCGAGGGGAUGCGCGUGUAUUUGCUCGAUGGACAGGAGAGGGUGGGAGGGUGUUUAA